GGGUGAGACGCCGUUCUAGAUUUUUGGUGAUUACGAGUUUUCAUCACGAGUAAGGAGUCUGUUCAGCGGGGCGAGACAAAUGAGUACUGCUGGUCCCAUCUUUCACUUACGGCCAUCACAUGUAACAGGGAGAAGAGACCAGCCCGAUAUAUCGCAUACUAGCGUCGAUGCAUGCCCUUCUCACGACAACCGGGCUGAUCGCCAUGCCCAACCUAGCACCGACGCGCCCCCCCCGCCGCAUCGUCGCCCCGUGCUAUUGGAAGCACGACAGGUUGCGCUACCUCGAAGAGCACCCGCCGCCCCUUCUUGCCCACCUCCACGAAUCCUUUCUCACCCCGAACUACAGGUACGCCCGUCCCCCACCACGCUAAGACCAGAUGCACCGCGCGCUCACGCAGCCGCUCGACGCCCUCUCGGCGCGGAACCCCGAAGCUAUCGCGGCCCGCGACUGGGCGAUCCACACAUACCUCCUCUUCAAACGGGUGAAGGCGGCGCGCGACGUCGCUGUACGCUUGCCGACCGGAAGGAACGCCGCGUGCGUCGCCAACGUGCAGCGUCUCGUUGCGCAGCUCCGUGCCCAUCUCGAAGAUGGGCGCGACUACCACCUCGACUUUAAGGCGCAUCUACAUGUCCUGGCUGUCGUCCACAGCCCCUUUUUCCAUGCGGCGAGCUGGUGGGCUGCAAUGGCGCGUUUCCUCGAGGGCUUUGAAGGUGGGUCUACAACGGAGCACACUAAGCCAGAUGAUGGGCGGCCGCGUGUCGUCCCACACGUUCCGGGAACGCGGUUGAGCGCGCCCCAGCCGAGGACAAGGAUCAAGCGCGCGCUGAGCACAAGCUUCGUGCUGGUCGGGGACGACAGUG